AUGAUUCAGGUUUGCCUGUCCCCCGUCACCCGUUCUGCCGUGUUAAAACGCGUGGCGGCGCUGGCGGCUUACGGGGCCCGGAGGAUUUACCCAUCGCUGAGACGCCUUUGCCUUCAGCUACAAAACGACCCCAAGACUACGGGGCUCCCGAGAAGCACAGAGGAAUUGUCGUCUUCUCCAAAUUCACAUGAGAGAACUGCGGUUUACAGAGCCUUUUUCCGCAGGUUUGCCCGCCUCUUGCACCUGCUGUUGCCUAAGCUGGCGUACGGGCGCUUGACCAGGGCUAUAGUCAAGAAACGACCGCCCAGUUUUGUGUGGCAGCUUCUUAAGUGGCUCCUUAUUGCUCUUCCAGCAACCUUCAUCAACAGCGCCAUCCGUUACCUUGAGGGCCAGUCGAGCUUGGCCUUCCGAACCCGAUUGGUUGCCCAUGCUUAUCGAUUAUAUUUUGGCCAGCAAACCUAUUACAGAGUCAGUAACAUGGAUGGACGACUGCGCAACCCUGACCAGUCACUGACUGAGGACGUAGUGGCCUUUGCCAACUCAGUGGCCCAUUUAUACUCUAACUUGACCAAACCUGUGCUGGAUGUGGUGGUGACCACGUACACUUUGAUCAGUACGGCCAAGUCAAAAGGGGCUAACACAGCCUGGCCAUCAACUAUCGCUGGACAUGUAGUCGUCAUCACCGCCAAAGUGCUCAGAAGCUGUUCCCCGAAAUUCGGCAAACUGGUAGCGGAGGAGGCGCGCCGCAAAGGAGAACUUUGCUACAUGCAUUCAAGGGUGGUUGCCAAUUCAGAAGAGAUCGCAUUUUAUGGGGGACAGAGACAUAAGAAUUGAUUGCUGGGGAAUUGCAACUGUGCCAUUAAAGGAACAGUUCAAUGUAAAAAUAAUAACUGGGUAAAUCGAGAAAAUAAAAAAUGUUUCUAAUAUAGUU